AUGAUAACAUCGCUAUACACCUCCGAACAAUUCGUCGAAAGCUGCGGAGCUAUUCUAUUCGACCUAUCCUCCCCAAAAAAGACCGUAUGCCUUAUCCAUUACCACCCCAAGAACGAAUGGCUCCUUGCCAAGGGACGUCGCAAUUGCGGUGAAUCCCGACAUGAGGCCGCACUACGCGAAGUCCGCGAAGAGACUGGCUAUCAAGCCCGUCUUCAUCCCGUCACAAUAUACAUUCGUGCACCUCCGAUGGACGAACAGGGACAUAUGCCAGAUGAACCUCGCUGUUAUCCGGAUCUCACUGAGCCCUUCAUGGGGCGGUUGCUGGAUCUGCUGGUAAGGCGGAGGAGGAGUUUACUGCAAGAUUCUUUCCAUUGGAGGAGGCGGUAG